AUGGAUUAUCCCCUCCCUGUUCUCCUUGCUCCUCACAUCUGCUUGCUCCUCAUUGCUGCCUCCCUGCACGAGGCCUUCUUCCCAAUCGCUGCUGCAUCCAUGCUCGCCGCUUCAUACGCCUCCCCCGGAACGAAACCACACGCAAUAAUGCACUCCUGGAUCAAAAAGCGGUACAAAGCGAUAUGUUCGAGGCCAGUGCGAUAUUAUUUCGCUCGAACCCAGGCACAUCCGUUGCUGGAGCUACCACAAGAACUUGUCGACAUGAUAUACCAACAUCUCGACGUCAAAGACGCAGCCUGCCUUUCGUUGUGCAACAAGAACCUCUAUUGGAGACUCGAUACGACCCGACACCAAGACCUGCGCAUCGGCACCGGCGAUCAAGUGCAGAGGAAGGACUUCUUGGCCCGUCUUGCCCGUGAUAACCCCAAAGUCUUCUUGUGCCGCGACUGCUCAUACCUUCACCUCGUUGCCAAAGUUGGGCCUCCACUGAGUCCGCCAUUUGGCUUGGAAAAUCGUUUGACCUGCAACAACGGGCUUCUUAACCCUCGGGAUGAACUACCAUACUGCUGCUUCAGGCUUUACGACAGUUACUCCAAUUAUAGGCUUGCGUAUAACCAUAUACAGCUGGCUAUGGCAAGAAAUCACCGGCGUCAGGGUCAUGGAAUAUCGAUCGACAAGUUGUCACUCACAGAGGUCCAUCGAGCGUGGCGUUCAAAAUUUUGGGUACUGUUUGAUGCGGAGCCAGAGGUCAUCAACCACUAG